UAUUCUACAUCACAUCACACCGCGUUACAUGGCGUCCUUUCCAGCGACGCGUCUGCUCGCGUUCUCCGUUUCUGACCCAUAGUAUCGUACAUGUUUUGACUUGCACGCGCUGAUUUGAGUCUGUCAUCACUGCGGACACAUUGCAACAUGCAGUGAAGCACUGACGCGAAGGUUAUGGGUCCAGGUACAUCCUAUCCGAAUAUUGCCAUCAUCGGAGAUUUUUCAGCACUAUCCCGAUAUGCGAGGUAUGUGGGAAGUAAAUAAAGGAAGCGCAUGAUGUGGCUUUGCAUCGAGGAUGUUUGCUGAUGGACAGACCUUUGAUUUUAAGACUGACAUUCUCCUGGUAAUAAAACGAAGAACCCGGAACAUACAAUCAUUUUACCUUCUGGAUAUCAGCAAAUCUGUCAGGCCAGAGUAUGCCAUCUGCACCAACUUACAGAAUCCUACGACCCCUCCUGCUUGGUAUCUUUUUAUUAGGAUGCUUUGUGACUUUGUUUUUAAUGUACAUCAAACCAUCUACGAGCUGGUUGUCAGGCCCGGUCGAGUCAGAAACGUCCACAGCCCGAGUGAAAAGCCUCCUUUCCACCAGGACCAGGACUAUUUCCCUACAAUUGCAAGCUGUAAAUUUUAUUUGGCAUUUGAGAACUCAAUUCACAAAGACUAUAUCACUGAGAAAUUGUACAACCCGCUUUCCGUCGGCACUGUACCCGUGGUGCUCGGACCACCAAGGGAGAACUAUCAGAACUUCAUGCAGGGAAAUGCUUUCAUCCACGUCGAUGACUUCCCGUCUCCAAAGGAGCUGGCUGAUUACCUCCUGUUCCUUGACAAAAAUGAGGAGCUUUACCUGAAGUACUUUGACUGGCGUAAACACUUUAAGGUGAAAAAGGCGUACUUCUGGGCUGAACACACGUGUCUGGCUUGCGAUUACAUUAAAAGGCACAAUGAGUACAAAACAAUUAACAAACUCGACAAAUGGUACUGGGGUUAAUCCACAACUGAACCACUGGACCAGCUUAAUGAAAGUUGCUUGACAAUAAGAGCUUCGUGUACAUGUAACUUAAUUCAAAUGAGGGUCUGUUGUGAGCACUUACAGACUUUUAUUUUUGUAAAAUGUCCCAAAGUAGAUGUACAUUUAUUUCGUGUUUGGUUUCAUGUGUUUAUUAAUCUGGAUGCAAAUUAUGCAUUUUAGAGUUUAAUAAAUUUGUAUUUAUUUGGAAAGCUGAUUUUGACCAAAAUGCACAAAAAGCGUUUAAAGGGAUAUUUCACCCAAAAAC